GGCUCCUGCCGGAGCUCAGAGAGAGCUCCAAUUCCCGCCAUCUCUUCCUCCGGGACAGGGCCUUGAGGGGACCCCCAACCCUGCAGGAGUGUGGACCGGCUUCUAGAGCGACAGGGGCCCUGGAGAGCAGGUGCCCGGCGGGAGGGCCAGGCUGCCCCGGGACCAGGCUCCACGCAGGAGGUGCAGGAGCCGGGCUGCUCAGGGAAGGGGACACUCUCUGAGAGAUGCUGCUGCAUUCCUGUGGUCCUACUGCAUCCGGUGGAGCAGUCUGAGUCAAGGUGGCGUGGAUGAGUGGGUGAAAGAGGAUGUGCCCCCAUCCGAAGCCUCUGGAGGGUCCUGGCCUGGCAGCUGAGUUCUUUUUGGACUUGGGGCAGCAGGUGUAGCUGCAGAGCUCGUGAGAGAGCAGUUUUCUCCGGCUCUUACUCACCAAACUGGUUGGGGUUUGGGGACUCUAAAGGGAACUCGGGGAAAGAUAACCUGGCAACGAUGGAAAGGAACCCCCAGAACCUUCUAGAACCUAUUAACUGGAUCCCCUCUUACUGCUCAGAGCACAGAGGGAGUCUGUGAUCCUAUUAAGCUUUGGACCCACUUAAGGAAAGCAACACAGCUCAGCAAGCAGCUCCUGCAUUUGAGCCAGACAGGAGGACUCAAAGGGAGAGAGUUGCUGCAUAUUUUACUCCGAGAUCCAAGGAGAUAGAAGAUAAGGACACUGGCUUUCCCUUCUAAUAAUGCCAGAUCUGGAAGAAGCAUGAACCAUUUUAAGCAUCUAAGAGGGUUCUUGAAGCAUAGGAGUUGGUGGCAAACCCUCCCAGUGCAGGUAAGAACAGUUGCAGCAUCCAGCUGAGCACGUCAGUGAGCAAGGACUUGCGGCUGUUCCUGUCCCCUGGCAGCAGUGACCUCACCAGAAGCAAAAGCGUCCCUCAGUUGUGAGGUUUGACAGGAUGAGGUGUGCCAGGGAAACAACUCGCUGGAACUUGGCCUUUCCUGCCUGUCUCCGCAUCCCCCAAGAGGCCCCAGACCACUGAGUCAACGAUGGCCGAGAAAGGUGACUGCAUUGCCAGUGUCUACGGGUAUGACCUUGGAGGGCGCUUCGUUGACUUCCAACCCCUAGGCUUUGGGGUCAACGGACUGGUGCUGUCGGCUGUGGACAGCAGGUCUUGCCGGAAGGUAGCCGUGAAGAAGAUUGCUCUGAGCGAUGCCCGAAGCAUGAAGCACGCGCUCCGAGAGAUCAAGAUUAUCCGGCGCCUGGACCAUGACAACAUUGUCAAGGUGUAUGAGGUACUAGGACCCAAGGGCAGCGAUCUGCAGGGCGAGCUCUUCAAGUUCAGCGUGGCCUACAUUGUCCAAGAGUACAUGGAGACUGACCUGGCCCGGCUGCUGGAGCAGGGCACGCUGACCGAGGAGCAUGCCAAGCUGUUCAUGUACCAGCUGCUGCGUGGGCUCAAGUACAUCCACUCUGCUAAUGUGCUGCACAGGGACCUGAAGCCCGCCAACAUUUUCAUCAGCACGGAGGACCUUGUGCUCAAGAUUGGGGAUUUCGGGCUGGCAAGGAUUGUGGAUCAGCAUUAUUCGCACAAGGGUUAUCUGUCAGAAGGGUUGGUGACAAAGUGGUACCGUUCUCCACGACUGCUCCUGUCCCCCAACAACUACACAAAAGCCAUCGACAUGUGGGCAGCUGGCUGCAUCCUAGCUGAGAUGCUCACAGGGAAAAUGCUCUUUGCUGGGGCUCAUGAGCUGGAACAGAUGCAGCUCAUCCUAGAGACCAUCCCUGUGGUUCGGGAGGAAGACAAGGAAGAGCUACUCAAGGUGAUGCCGUCCUUCGUCAAUAGCACUUGGGAGGUGAAGAGGCCACUGCGCAAACUGCUCCCCGAUGUCAACAGUGAAGCCAUUGACUUUCUGGAGAAGAUCCUAACCUUUAACCCCAUGGACCGCUUGACAGCGGAGAUGGGGUUGCAGCACCCCUACAUGAGCCCUUAUUCGUGCCCCGAGGAUGAGCCCACCUCACAACACCCCUUCCGCAUUGAAGACGAGAUUGAUGACAUCGUGUUGAUGGCUGCCAGCCAGAGCCAGCUCUCCAACUGGGACAGGUACCCUGUGAGCCUGUCGUCAGAUCUUGAGUGGAGGCCUGACCGGUGCCAGGAUACCAGUGAGGUGCAGCGUGACCCACGCGCUGGCUCUGCGCCGCUGACUGAGGAUGUUCAGGUAGACCCACGUAAAGACUCGCAAAGCAGCUCCGAGCGUUUCCUGGAACAGUCGCACUCGUCGAUGGAGCGCGCCUUUGAGGCUGACUAUGGGCGCUCCUGCGACUACAAAGUGGGGUCCCCAUCCUACCUAGAUAAGCUGCUGUGGCGUGACAACAAGCCCCACCACUACUCAGAGCCCAAGCUCAUCCUGGACCUGUCACACUGGAAGCAGGCAGCCAGCACGCCCACCAUGGCUGCGGUAGCAGCAGACCCGGUGUCACGUGAGGAUGAGCCGGCCAGCCUCUUCCUAGAGAUCGCUCAGUGGGUCAAGAGCACGCAAAGCGGCCCUGAGCGUGCAAGUCCUCCCUCUGAUGCUCCAGAGCACCGCCUCUCUGUCUCGCCCCCAGGACACCCAACACCCAUCGAUGGGGUUGCUAGUCCCCAGUUCGACUUAGAUGUGUUCAUCUCCCGUGCCCUAAAGCUCUGCACAAAACCAGAGGACCUACCGGAAAACAAACUGGGAGACCUCAACGGUGCGUGCAUCCCUGAGCACCCUGGCGACCUUGUCCAGACAGAAGCCUUCUCCAAAGAAAGGUGGUGAGCACACAGGGGUGCGGGAGAACUUCCAGAGCAAGAUGCCUCCCAGAAAGCUGGACUACUUCCUUGCUCCCCUCGCCCUUCCUUCAGCCCCUCUCUGCUGCACUGGGGUUAGCAGAACACCCGAGGAUCCGGGGAGCGAGAAGAAUGUCCAUUUCUUAAACUGCCUUAAUAACUAGCCUUUAACCUCUGGGAACGGGUUGGAAUGGAGCCCGGCUGGGAGCUAUCACUUUCCCAUCGAAGUGGGAGGCCUGUGUUUUAUAAGUGACAGAAUGCAGGGAUGAAAGGGGUGUCGGACAGCAGUCCACUACCCGACCAAGGUCAAGGGGGCAGAAGCAGCUUGCAGACAUAGAUUCCAAGCCAUGCGACCCACAUAGUCUCAAAAUGGACACGUGGGCCCAGAGAAGCCGUGUCUGAGUUAGGACCACAGGCCUACUGACUGUCAGGGUGAAGUCUGAAUCCCAGGCUCCUGCCCCCUGGACCAGGAUUUGACCACAGAAUAAUGUCUUCCUCUAUUGGGGUCACUCUAGCUUGGUCAGCAAACUUGGUCCCAAGUGCUUCUAGCUGUCCCUUUCCAUCUGUCCCAUCCAUUCUUUUAAGUUAGAACAAGGUUCCUGUAUUUGAAAACUAGAAUCAGAACCACUUUCUUUCUCCCAGCUGCCAGACAUAUUUUUAUGACUCCCCCAAGCGCUUAAAUGUCCUCCCUCACCUGCCACAUCCCUGUAUUUGCCCAAACUCAAGACCGGCUGAAGUUGUUGCUUCAGAUCAGAGAGGGUCAAGGGUCUCUGGGUGAAUUGUCCCCUCCCAGGCCUGUGCGUGCCACCUCCUCCAGCAUGCCCUAUGCACUGACACAGCCCAGCCCCCGCUCCCCAAUGGAUGUCAUACACGGAUGAGUUUGAAGAUGGCGAUUUCAAGAAUCCCUCUUGUCCAAUUCCCAGCAUCCCACCACACCCACGUACACAGCUCCUCUCCAAACCUGCUUCAUAACCAAAUAUUCUCGGCACAGAUUGCUCAUUUGUAGGAGGCGCAAUAAGGUGUUUUCCACAGAAACGAGUAAGGAGGGAAGGUUCCACAGAGGGCCCAUCAGCCUUCAUUAAUGUUGCCCUUGAACCUGAGCGUUCAUUUAGGGCUAACUAGGAGCACUCCUAAGGGAGUGACUGGAGAGCUAGUCACCUUGGGGGCAAGAAACACAGAGAGAGAAACUAGGGGUUUAAAGGGGUUUACCAACCCCAAGUGUCCUGAGGAGGCAGCUAUCAACUUGGAGAACCAUGACAAAGAAUUCAAAGUAACCACGUCCUCACAGCUUGAGUAAGAUGCACUUGGAGUCCAAAGCCCUCUGCAGAAGCGUGAGGUAGGGACAUCAACAGUUCCCAGUCUGUUCCUGAAUACUCUGCCGCUGGUAUCUAUCCUCCCCUACCCGUGCCGACAUCCCAAAGAUACCCACAGGAAGUCUAGCUGGUCUGUCGAGCAAUCUCUUUGGAAUGUAUUCAUCCUCAUAUCGCAGCACCUUAAAUCUAGCUAACUAUGAUUUGUAUAUUGAACCCUACAUGGCAUUAGAAACUUACAUUUUAAAACAGAGUUAAUCGCACUGACCAGUUUUAAGUGGAAAAUUUGUAAAUAUUAGGUUUUGCUUUUUUUUUUUUUCCUUUAAGAAAAUGCAAUGCAUAUCACUCCUCACGUGCCAUUUGUCCUCAGAGGGAAGCUUUACUUUUUGAGUAAAGGGACAUGCUGCUGAUUGACCAUGAGUUCGCAGAGAACUGUCAAGACAGGAGAAUUGUUAUAAUUAUUCAUGUUCUUAAAAUAAUCUGUUACAUAUUAUUAAACUUGAUCAGGAUGAGCCAAAUAAACUUUUAUGAACAUAGAU